AGCCGAUAUUGAUUAUAUCAACCGUACUAAUCUUAGAAGAGCAUCGGGUGCCCCACUACCGAAUUCGGCAAGACCGCAAAAGACCCUUGAUUAGAACCUUAGAAACCUUGUGCAACCUUCGGGUGGAUUUAUGUUUAUUGGUGGUAGAAAAUAAAAAAAAACCCAAUAAAGUAAACAGUUGGAGGAAAGAGGGGCGGUGAAACUCAACACUUCUAAAUAACUUUCUAAUACCAAUUAACCUUAAUAGCUUUAAAAGCAUUCUUACUUUUACCCCCCUUUUCUUCAAAGCUCUAAGGCCGUUUUUAAUUCCUCCUUAAUCUAGUCAAUCUAAUCUACUUCAUUCAAAAUGUCUGGACUUCCUCCCGUAUACAUUGUCUCGGCCGCCCGAACCCCCGUCGGUUCCUUUCUAGGAUCGUUGUCAAGCCUAACCGCUACUCAAUUGGGUUCUCAUGCUAUUAAGGCUGCCCUCGAGCGAGUUCCCCAGGUCAAGCCUGAAGAUGUUGAGGAAGUCUUCUUCGGCAAUGUCCUGUCAGCAAAGUGCGUCUUUUCCAUCAACUUCCAUCAUCCCAUCCCCGAGCAAUCCGUGAAGGAGGUCCUAGGACAAGCACCCGCACGACAAUGCGCUCUCGGCGCCGGUAUCCCUGACUCUGUCGUCUGCACGGGCGUCAACAAGGUGUGCGCCUCGGGUCUAAAGGCUAUCAUCCUCGGCGCCCAGACUAUCAUCACCGGCAAUGCCUCCAUUGUCGUUGCUGGUGGUACCGAAUCCAUGUCCAACACUCCUCACUACCUUCCCACACUCCGAAAUGGUGCCAAAUUCGGCGACCAAUCCCUCGUCGACGGUAUGCUUAAGGAUGGUUUAACCGACGCUUACGCCAAGGAGCACAUGGGUUUAUCUGCUGAGUUGUGCGCCGACGAUCAUAGCAUCUCCCGUGAGGCCCAAGACGAAUACGCUAUCGAGACCUACACCCGUGCCCAGAAGGCCACCGCCGACGGCAUCUUCACCAAGGAGAUUGUUCCCGUCGAGGUUAGCGGCGGCCGCGGCAAGCCUGCCAUCAAGAUCACUGCCGACGAGGAGGCUAAGAACCUGAACGCCGACAAGCUCAAGACCGUUCGCCCCGUCUUCAAGCCCAAGGACGGUACCGUUACGGCUGCGAACGCUGCCCCGCUCAACGACGGUGCUGCUGCCCUUGUGCUCAUGUCUGAGGCUAAGGUUAAGGAGCUAGGCGUAACACCCAUUGCCAAGAUUCUUGGUUGGGGUGACGCCGCGCGUGAGCCUCAACGAUUCACCACUGCUCCUGCCUUGGCUAUCCCCAAGGCUAUCAAGCACGCUGGUAUUACUGCUUCCGACGUCGACUUCUACGAGAUCAACGAGGCCUUCUCAGUCGUUGCCCUCGCCAACAUGAAGCUCCUAGGCCUUACCUCCGACAAGGUCAACGUAUUCGGUGGUUCCGUCGCCAUCGGCCACCCGCUCGGCUGCUCCGGCGCACGUAUCGUGACCACCCUAACAACCGUCCUACGCGAGAAGAAGGCCAAGGUCGGUGUUGCAGGUAUCUGCAACGGUGGCGGUGGUGCUAGCGCCAUCGUCAUCGAGAGUCUUCAACAGUGA